CCAUUCAUGCAUCCAUGCAUCCACCAUCCAUCCAUCCAUCCAUCCACCAUUCAUCCUCCAUUCUCAUCCAUCCAUCCACCAUCCAUCCAUCCAUCCAUCCACCAUCCAUCCAUACAUCCAUCCACCAUCCAUCCAUACAUCCACCAUCCAUCCAUCCACCAUCCAUCCAUCCAUCCACCAUUCAUCCUCCAUUCUCAUCCAUCCAUCCACCAUCCAUCCAUCCAUCCAUCCAUCCACCAUCCAUCCACCAUUCAUCAUCCAUCCAUCCAUCCAUCCAUCCAUCCAUCCAUCCACCAUUCAUCCUCCAUCCAUCCAUCUAUCCAUUCAUGCAUCCAUCCGUCCACCAUCCAUCCAUCCAUCCAACAUUCAUCCUCUAUUCUCAUCCAUCCAUCCAUCUACCAUCCAUCCUCCAUCCAUCCUCCAUCCACCAUUCAUCCUCCAUCCAUCCAUCUAUCCAUUCAUGCAUCCAUCCAUCCAUCAUCCAUCCAUCCACCAUUCAUCCCCCAUUCUCAUCCAUCCAUCCACCAUCCAUCCACCAUUCAUUCAUCUAUCCAUCCAUCCACCAUCCAUCCAUCCAUCCAUCCACCAUCCAUGCAUCCAUCCUUCCAUCCACCAUUCAUCAUCCAUCCAUCCAUCCAUCCAUCCAUCCAUCCACCAUUCAUCCUCCAUCCAUCCGUCCACCAUUCAUCAUCCAUCCAUCCAUCCAUCCAUGCAUCCAUGAAUCCAUCUGUCCAUCCAUCCCUCCAUCCAUCCAUCCACCCACCAUCCAUCCACCAUUCAUCCUCCAUUCUCAUC